AUGGUAUCCAAUCAGCGCCACUCAUAUAAACCUGUUACAACGGAGGUGUCACGAGAAGUGGAAGCUGAAAACAACACACUUGUGGUAGUGCUAGGGUGUGAUGCUGCGGAACUGCGUCUGCUCCUGACAUUCAUGUACACCGGAGAGGUGACAGCCUCCAAGAAGAUCCUCCCGUCCCUCUUACGACUUGCACAAACCUUGAAAGUUUCUGGACUUACUGACGCCGACACGAACUCAACACUAACGCCGACUGAACCCGAACCUCUAGAGGAUUUCAAUAAAACAAAUAUACCAGAAUCGCCAGUCAACCUUGAGAUCAAGAACGAUGUUACACCUCAAGUCAUCAACGACAACUCCAGUUCCAGUUCCAAACUCAACUACGACGAUAUAAUCUCACCAACCAAUGAAAAAGAAGGGAGUUUUGCCGAAUUCAUGGGUAAAAGUGAAAAAGAUCGACUAAGCAAAUUGGAUCAGAUCGUCCAGAAUUUGUAUAGCACGCACAAGAUUGGCAACCCUACUGCUACACUGGUUAAUUCUGGAGUUACAGAAAUACCAGAGUAUGAUAGAAAAUGGCGGAUGAACAGCUCUGUAUGUACAAUAUGCAACAAAAGGCUGUCGAACCAGUACAAUCUGCGCGUGCACAUGGAAACACACGCGGGACGCCGCCAUGCUUGUCGCGCAUGCUCACAUGUCUCAAGAUCCAGGGACGCAUUGAGGAAACACGUUGCCUAUAGACAUGCGCCCCCGCAACACAGGGCCGGACGAGGCGACAUUUGAAUGGAUUUAGAAUAAAAGGUACACUUUGGAAGUAGGCUCCUUUUGUAAUCUGAAUUUUAUAUAAAAAACUUAUCAAAUUAAUUGGGUUGUACGGUUUACUUACGACUGCGACUUUAACUGCUAAUCCAACUGACAACUCCUUUGGUUUUUUUUUUAUUUCAUAAAAAUCGUUGCCCUACCACUAGGAUUCUGUUGUGUCGUGAGUGCAUAUUGAUUGUAGGCCCUUGACGAAGUUCGAAACUGAUUGAGUAACCUCGUCAAAUACAAAAGUGAGUAAACUGUACAAGCUAAUUAGUUUAUCUUGAUUUCAUUUUUGAUUUCCGUAUAAAUUAAUUGAAAGAAAAUUUUUGGUCUCCUAAUGUUAGAUAGUGC